AUGGCAACCAAUGGCCACUUUGCCGCCAUUGGCAACGGCAGCAGCGACAAGACAGCAUAUGAACACGGGGUGCAGGUCAUCGACGAAAACAAGGAGUUCAAUGCGAAUCUGUCCAAGUAUCUCACUUUAGAAGAUGUCACACCAGCCGGCUUCAAUUAUCACCUCAUAUCCGUCUUCGGCUCCCAGUCGACGGGAAAGUCGACCCUGCUCAACCAUCUCUUCGGCACCCAGUUCUCCGUGAUGUCCGAGUUGGAACGCCGUCAAACCACCAAGGGUAUCUGGAUGUCCAAAAAUAAGAAUGGUGGCGACGGAUCAAUGUCCGACAACAUCUUGGUCAUGGAUGUUGAGGGUACCGAUGGUCGCGAGCGUGGAGAGGACCAGGACUUUGAGCGCAAGAGCGCACUGUUUGCGCUUGCGACGAGUGAAGUCCUCAUUGUCAAUAUCUGGGAGCAUCAGGUUGGAUUGUAUCAGGGUGCCAACAUGGGCUUGUUGAAGACCGUUUUUGAAGUCAACAUGCAGCUGUUCCUGAAAGAUAGGGCUACCAGUCACCGUUCUCUACUCUUCUUCGUCAUUCGUGACUUUGUCGGCAACACGCCUCUCCAGAAUCUGCAGCGGACACUGAUGGAGGAUAUGUCGCGCCUAUGGGACUCUAUCUCUAAGCCUGCCGGUUUGGAACAUUCUUCUGUCCAUGAUUACUUCGACUUCCAAUUCUACGGCCUUCCCCACAAAAGCUACCAGCCAGAGCAGUUUGUUGCGGAGACAAAGAAGCUGAGUCUCCGUUUCCGUGAAGGACAGAAGGACCCCAGUUUGGAUGCGCGCAAGGGCGAGUUUUCCGAUGGAGGCGUCUUCCUCCCCGAGUACCACCGUCGCAUUCCCGCGGAUGGCUUUUCUCACUAUGCGGAGGGAAUCUGGGACCAAAUUGUGAACAACAAGGAUCUUGACCUCCCUACUCAGCAGGAACUGCUUGCACAGUUCCGCUGUGACGAAAUUUUGCGGGAGGUUAUGGUUGCAUUUGACGAUGCGAUCGUUCCCUUUGAGGAUAAGCAGUCGCAGGCGGCUCGCCUCGGGGAACCGGAGAUCCUUGGCGGCUUGGGAGCGGCGAUGCGGGCCUCGCGGUCCAAGGCCUUCAAGAGCUUCGAAACGGAAGCUAGUCGCUACCACAAGGGAGUCUACCAGCGCAAACGUACCGAGCUCGAGAGCAAAAUCGAUACCCGUUUGAAGGCUCUUUUCCAGGGCCAGCUGGAUGCGACCCACAAGUCUGGUAUCACCGAGUUCAGCGACGCUGUGUCGGGUGCAGUCAAGGCCGGCCAGAAGAAGGGUACCGGUUAUGACUUCGCCGAAAUUGUGAACGAGGAAGUGACCAAGGCCGUACAGAAGUUCAAGGAGGUUGCGCACGAAACCGCCGUGGAGGGCGCCGCCUGGAGUGACUCUCAGCAGCAACUGGUGUUGUAUGAGAAGGAGCUGGCGGAAGUGAGCGCUCGCCUGCGUCGUGAGGAGAUGCGACGACUGGCCAGCCGGGUCGAGCGUUGGGUGCAGUCCCGCCUGGGCGAGUCCGUUGGUCUCGAGUUCAAUGCCCUGGGGUCCGGACGGGCCGGGGGUGGCGCUCCGGAGGAGGGGGAAAAGCCCACGGAGAAGAAAUUCUGGGACCGAGUAUGGAAUGUGUUCGUGGAGACCGUGCUGGAUGCGGAGCGCAGAUUCACCGACCGCGCUAGUAGCUUCGAUGCCAGCCUAGAGGAGGUGGAUGUUGGCCUGUGGCGGUUGCGCCGUAAGUCUUGGGGUGUUUUGCGUGCGAAGAUCGACGAAGAAAUGGUCGAGGGCAAUCUGCUACUGAAGUUGCGCGAGAACUUUGAAGACAAGUUCCGUUACGAUGACGCCGGGGUGCCCCGAAUCUGGCGGCCAACCGAUGACAUUGAGGGCAUCUACACGCGGGCGCGCGAGUCAACGUUAACCUUGAUUCCCCUUCUAUCACGUUUCCGACUGGCGGAGACGUCUGCACCGCCGCCACUGGAUCGCUGGGUUGGGCACACACCCAGCUCUGCGACUGCGGCCGAUGAGGAGGACCUGCCGCCGAUCGGUGGAGUCGACGAAGAGGAGGGCAAGAGCUUGGAAGAGGAGAUGACAAUUGUCAGCGAGUCUAAGCGACAGGAGCUGACGGUGCGGUUCAAGAAGGCUGCGGAUGGAGUGUAUGUGGAGGCCAAGCGCAGCGCCAUUGGCGGCAUGACGCAGGUGCCCCUAUACUUUUAUGGCAUUCUUCUGGCGCUUGGCUGGAACGAGAUCGUUGCUGUUCUCCGUAACCCCGCCUACUUCUUCCUCUUGUUUGUGUGCCUCAUUGCAGGGUACGUGACGUACCAGCUCAAUCUGUGGGGACCGAUCAUGAAGAUGACGGAGGCUGCGUCGAACCAGGCGCUCGUGGAGGGCAAGAAGCGACUGCGCGAGUUUCUUGAGUCUUCGGAUACGGGACGACAGGCGAUUGCGAUGUCGACGGCCGGCGGUGCUGGCCGGGGGGAGCAGGUGGAGAUGUCGCGCCUCAACAAGCAGGGAAAGACGACGCCCGAGGAUGAGGAUGGUGACUUGUAA